AUGCAGUCAGUGCUCAUGUAUCUCUCUGAGAACAGCCUUAUAUCGGCAAGUCCUUCAGACAUUCGCUUGCAAUCAAUUACUCUUACUAUUUUGUCUUUUGACAGAUUUGUAGCUAUUUGUUUACCACUGAGGUAUCAUAUGAUUGUGACCCACAGAUCAAUGCUUGUUAUGAUUGGUGCUUCAUGGAUAAUAGGACUGUCGAUAGCAACAGCUGCAAUCAUUUUCCUGACUAGACUGUCUUUCUGCAGGGUUGUUGUAAUCGUUAAUAGUUUCUACUGUGAUCAUGGGCCUAUAUCACGUUCUUCCUGUAGCGAUUAUUUUCAGAGCUUUGUGAUAGCCCGUUUGUACCCAAUAUUAAUUCUCGGCUUUCCAGUAUUUUUGAUCAUCUUUUCAUACACAUGCAUAGCUGUGACACUGUUUAGAAUAACAACUCCACAGGACCGUCAAAGAGCCACAAAGACAUGUACUGCUCAUUUAAUAGUAGUGGCCAUAUUUUAUGUACCCAUCACUUUUACAUAUGCUCUUUCUUCCAUGAUAGACAUGAACACAAGGAUCAUUAAUCUCUCUCUGACCUCUGCACUUCCUCCAAUGCUUUGUCAUCUGUUCAACUCUCAUAAUGUCAUUCUGGCAGCUUUGGAGAAGGUAUAA